AUGUGCCUCCCAGACUUAAUUGUCUCGUGGAGCAAGCUUGAGAAAGAGAAAUGGCAGGUAGGAGUUGCUUUGAUGUGGCAGAUUUGGUGUCGACGCAAUGAUAUAAUUUUUAAUGGGAAAGAAACUCCUCACUUGAUUCUCCUUGACAGAGUCCAGCGCUUGGUAACUGAUCACAACAAAUACGCCACUAAAAUAUAUGGUGCACAGACCAGUAAACGCAGCAGUAGCACGAAGAUUUGGAAGGCUCCGAAUGGUGAAGUAAUAAAGCUGAACUGUGAUGCUUCACUACAGGUUGAAGGUUGGAUAAGGCUAGGUGUGGUUGCAAGAAACGAGAAGGGUGAUGUUCUAUUUGCUGGAUGCAAGAGGCUGCGAGGCCGCUGGCCACCAGAUGUUGCAGAGGGCAUGGCAAUUAGUUUUGCUGUGAAAUUGGGAAGGCGCUAUGGCUUGAAGCAAAUCAUCAUCGAAUCAGAUUUUCAAGGAAUAAUUUCAAGACUUGAGGCUGCUUCUACUUUCUUUUCUAAUUUGGAUAAAAUUGUAGAUGAUAUUCUUUUUACUAGUUCUCAUUUUGAUUUUAUUAGUUGGUCCAAUGUUAAACGCGAGGCAAAUUUUGUUGCUCAUCACCUCGCAAAGUUAGUGCCCUUUGGUGUAGAAUAA